AUUUUGCUGUCGCUCACCAAAAACCCGUGCGCCAUGGCAGCUUCCCCCGCUUUCUGGGACGUGGCCUACGGUCCCGGCGGCUCUUCGGACCCUGAGAACAGCCGAUUCCUGCGGCUGCACCCAGCGCCGGUGGAGCAGCAUGGGACGGGGACGGUGGUGGUGCUGCAUGGAGGCUACUGGAAGAACAAAUUUGGGCUGGAUGAUGCCUAUGGCAAUGCAGGAACCAUAUCUCUGGGUCCAUUCUUUCUGGCUCGAGGCUUUUCAGUGGUGGAAGUCGAAUAUCGACGGCGUGACCACGAAGGAGGUGGCUGGCCCGGCACCAACGAGGACGUCUUGAUGGCGCUGCGACGCAUCGCAGAGCUGAAGACGGAGGGUCUGGAAGAUGGAGAGUAUGGCGCUGCGGUGAGAAGCUUGCGACCUGACAGGUUGAUGCUAAUUGGUCAUUCCGCUGGCGGCUGCCUGGCUCUCUGGGCCGCUCAUCACCUGGCCGCGGAGAGCGGAGCGGAGCGGGCCGCGCCGUUGGUGCUGGCAGCGGCGCCGGUGGCGGAUUUGGUGAAGGGCUUUGAGAUGAAGGUCUCGGAUGAAGGUGAUGCUGUGGAGCUCUACAUGAAGCAGCCGCCCACCUCUGAUGUAGGCCUCGAGGAGUAUCGGAAAGCUUCACCUGCUGCACUGCUCCCCGUGACCUUCCCCCUGCUGCUGGCCUACGGCGACGCCGACGCCGACGUGCCGCCCUUGCUGGUGCGGAGCUACGCGGAGCAAGCGAAGGCCUCAGCGCCGGAGAUGGUGACCACGGUUGAAAUUCCUGGUGCUGAUCAUUUUCACAUUGUGAACGCCGAAAGCGAGGCAUGGCGUCAGGCCAUUGUGCCUGCCUUGGCCAAGUUGGUGGGCGUCCACUUCGGCGCCGACGCCGCGGCUUCCUUGAUGUCCUAGCAGCCGAUUGGUGCGGCCGCCGACGCCGAGUUGGUGAAAAG